GACAUUUUCUGCUGAAAAGGAAAAUCUUUGUUUCCUGUUGCAGACAGACAGCGGCUAUGUCCUCUCUGUUAAUUAACCAACCUGAGUAUUCAUGGCUGAAAGAUCUGGGCUUGAAGGAGGAGAAUGAAGGUGUUUACAGUGGUACUUGGGGAGGAAAAGGAGAGGUUGUGACAUCAUACUGUCCUGCGACCAAUGCACCAAUAGCUAGAGUUAAACAGGCCACACUAGAGGAAUACAAUGAAACUGUUAAAAAGGCUAAAGCAGCAUGGCAGAUCUGGGCAGAUAUUCCAGCUCCAAAACGGGGGGAAAUUGUGAGACAAAUUGGGGAUGCAUUGAGGAAAAAGAUAAAACUUCUUGGACACCUGGAAUCCUUAGAGAUGGGGAAGAUAUUAGUUGAAGGCGUUGGAGAAGUCCAAGAAUAUGUAGAUAUCUGUGAUUAUGCUGUAGGGCUUUCUCGUAUAAUUGGAGGACCCAUACUGCCUUCAGAAAGACCUGGGCAUGCUCUGAUUGAACAGUGGAAUCCAGUGGGUUUGGUGGGUAUAAUUACCGCCUUCAAUUUUCCUGUUGCUGUAUAUGGCUGGAACAACGCACUUGCUCUAAUCUGUGGAAAUGUCUGUUUAUGGAAAGGAGCCCCUACCACAUCCCUUACUAGUGUUGCUGUGACAAAAAUCGUUGCACAAGUAUUAGAACAUAAUAAUUUGCCCGGUGCUAUCUGUUCCUUGACGUGUGGUGGUGCAGACAUUGGCAAUGCCAUAGCUAAAGAUGAAAGAGUAGAUCUGGUGUCAUUCACUGGCAGCACAAAUGUUGGCAAGCAGGUGGCACUUAAAGUUCAAGAAAGGUUUGGACGCAAGCUACUGGAAUUGGGUGGAAACAAUGCAAUUAUAGUGUUUGAAGAUGCCGAUCUUAGUCUAGUAACUCCCUCUGUUCUCUUUGCGGCUGUGGGCACUGCAGGCCAGAGGUGCACUACCGCCAGGCGGCUGUUUUUACAUGAAAGUAUUCAUGACGAAAUUGUGGAGAAGCUAUCUAAAGCUUAUGCACAGGUGCGAAUUGGAGAUCCUUGCGAACCUGACACACUUUGUGGUCCUCUACACACCAAGCAGGCAGUAGAAAUGUAUCUCUCUGCUGUUGAGCAAGCAAAAUGUGAAGGGGGCACAGUUGUGUGCGGUGGCAAGGUAAUUGAUCGCCCGGGGAAUUUUGUUGAGCCAACAAUCAUGACUGGACUAGCUCAUGACUCCGCUAUUGUUCACAAAGAGACCUUUGCGCCAAUACUGUACGUGAUAAAAUUUAAGACUGAAGAAGAGGCUUUCGCAUGGAAUAAUGAGGUGAAACAGGGCCUUUCAAGCAGCAUCUUUACUAAGGAUCUGGGAAGGAUUUUUCGCUGGCUUGGGCCAAAGGGAUCAGAUUGUGGCUUGGUGAAUGUAAACAUUCCUACGAGUGGAGCUGAAAUUGGAGGAGCUUUUGGAGGUGAAAAACACACAGGAGGUGGGAGAGAAUCUGGCAGUGAUUCUUGGAAACAUUAUAUGAGAAGGUCUACCUGUACCAUCAAUUACAGCAAGGACCUGCCACUGGCACAAGGUAUCAAAUUCCAGUGAAAAUCUUUGUGCAUCUUGGGAACCACUACUGGAAAAAGCCAUUUACACAACUCAUCUGCUCUUGCCACAUACUGUCAUUGAUUUUCUAUUGGAAUAACCAGUCAUCAAUAAGCACUUGUAUACUCUUAUGUAUUCUGUUGUCUGAAAUCCCAGCUAGGAGUGAAAUGCAAAUUGUCUCCACUUUGCAGAACCAGAAAGGACUUUUAUAUGACUUUUGCACCAGCUCCCUGCAUGGGGCUCCUGUUGUGUUUGCAUAUUUUCAUUCUUUUGGUGAUUAUAAAUGUUUAAAUGCUCAGCAUCUAGGAAAGCCAUCAUCUAGGAAAGCCAUCAUCUCUCAGAAGACAGCCUUUGUGUCUUAUAAAGAUGAAAGCCUGCAUUUUACAAAAUGUUUAGUAAAAAUAAUUCUACUGUAACAGUCUUUUUCCUUUUAUGCUAAAAUGCUAAAUGUUUCCAUGAAAAAUAGAUUUGUAAAUAUUUUGGUCCGGUUUUAUGUAAGGAGUGAUGUAAUUGUGGUUGCAAAGUCUAGAAUCUCAGCAGCCAAUCAGCAUGUGGCAUUUAUUGGUCAUCUGGUAUUUAUAAAGCACCAAUAUAUUCCUCAGAGCUGUUCAAUAGAAGGGUAUACAAUGAACAAUCGGAUCAAAUCCAAAAAUACAAGAGGUAAACAGAGAUGAUAUAUUUCUAUGGGCUUCUAGACCUGGUAUUAAAUACAAUGCACAUACAGAUUAUAUCCAAAAAUACAAGACGUAAAAAGAGAUUAUGGGUUUCUAGACCUGUGCUUUUAUUCCAAAAUAUACUGUAUUGAUUUUGGAAACUGCAGCUGAUUUUGUGCAAAUAAUGGUUCUUCAGUAUUUGCAAAAUUAAAGGGGAUUUCAACACAAAAA